CAUGCUCCCGUCUCAUCACUAUUCUGUAUCCGAAAGCUUUAAGUAUUAUUGUAUGAGUAAUAAUUGAGAAUCAAGAUCCUCCUAAUUAUAUAAGGUACUAUAAAUAUUAAGGGUAAACACAUAUUAUAUACCCACAAAUAAUUAAUUAAUAAAGGAGUUUAUUAUUCAAUAUGGCUCAUCAGCAGAGAGGUCAAGCUUCUUCUUCAACCAAAAUGGAAAGGAAGAUCAUAGAGAGAAACAGAAGAGAACAAAUGAAGAACCUUUGUUUCAAGCUCAAUUCUCUUCUCCCUAACUUCAACCCCAAGCAAACAUUGCCACCACGUGUUGACCAAAUAGAUGAGGCCAUCAUCUACAUCAAAACCCUAGAAUCAAGGGUUGAGAUUGCUAAGGAGAAGAAAGAAAGCUUAUUAAACAAGGGAAUGAAGAAGAGACCUCAUGAUUUAGCAGGUAGCAGUGCCUUUGAUGAUGAGACUCAAGGAACAAGCCUAAAACCCCCAACUAUUGAGAUUCAUGAACGUGGUUCCAUGUUAGAGAUAGUUCUUAUGAUUUCUGGCUUUGAUAACCAAUUCAUCUUCAGUGAAAUUAUUCGCAUAUUGCAUGAAGAGAAUAUUGAGGUCCUUAGUGCAAUUUCUUCUCGCGCUGGAGAUUCAAUGAUUCAUGUUGUGCACGCAGAGAAUCAUCUCUAUCAAUUAGGAGCAACGAAAGAAAUAAGUGAGAGAUUAAAAAGGUUUGUGGACGCACAUUGUUUGCAGGACAUUCAAGGGGCACAGGGGCCAUAAAUCAGUUAAUUGAACUAAUUUUAUGUUUCUUCUUUCUUGUGUUUAUUUUCUGCAGUUAUUUUAAUGUAAUUAGUUUUAGCUAAUUAAUUAUUUUCAGUUGUGGAUUCACUUCUUUCAAAUCUUGUAUAUUAGGAUUUUAUUUAGGGAUAAGUAUUGUUUUGGUCCUUAAAGUUUAGGGUCAAAAUCAAAUUCGUUCCCAAUGUUAUUUUUUAUUUAAAAUCG